AUGGCGGCGUUCUGCGCCGUUACCUUGAUGAAGGCUUUGUGCUACGCACGACAAAUCUUACAGAGUCUUCGCGUGUGGCUGGACGAGCGCAGGGAGGUGGCGCUGUUGGGCGCCUUGGUGGCGUCGACGGAUGGCCGGACUGGCAAGGAUGAUGUGCAUUUCUCUUCUGAAGAUGGGUCAGCGGUUGGUGUUAUCAUUGGAAAAGCUGGAGAACCUAUAAAGCAUAUCCAACUUCAGUCAGGGGCAAAGAUCCAAGUAACAAGGGACAUGGAUGUUCAACCCUGGUCACAGACAAAAUUGGUUGAUCUUUUGGGCACUCGUGACCACAUAAGCAGAGUUGAGCAGUUGAUAAGUGAUGUUCUUGCAGAGGCUCAUGCUGGCUCAUUUCGCACUAUCCCUAAUUGGAAGUACAAUGCACCUCAACCUAGUGUUGAGCAAUUCCAUAUGCAAAUUGCUAACAACAAGGUCAUUCCUUUCCAUUUUCCUCCUGGUGAUACUUCAACUGAAAGAACAUUGUAUAUUGAUGGUACUACAAAGCAAAUGGAAAUAGCACAGACGCUUGGUUACGAGUGA